AAGAAAAAGAAAAAGAAAAAGAAAAAGAAAAAGAAAAUUAGCCUACUAUCGCUCUUCAUCUUCUCCUUUUGGGUGGUUUCAAAGUCAAAAUUCUCUAGCGGUUCUCUAUUCUCUCUUGGCCAGAUCUGCAUCGAAUUGCCGACUGAAAUCGGAGAAUGGCUUCAUUCCGGGCAUUCUUGAACAGCCCUGUUGGUCCAAAAACUACUCAUUUUUGGGGACCUGUCGCCAACUGGGGAUUUGUGGCUGCUGGGUUAGCAGACAUGAACAAGCCACCAGAAAUGAUUUCUGGCAACAUGACAGCAGCAAUGUGCGUCUAUUCAGGACUGUUUAUGAGAUUUGCAUGGAUGGUGCAACCCCGCAAUUACCUACUUCUUGCUUGUCAUGCAUCGAAUGAGACUGUACAGUUGUAUCAAUUCUCACGCUGGGCAAAGGCUCAAGGGUACUUGUCAGAGAAGAAAGACAAAGCUGCAUCUCAGUAGCUUGAUGCUAUAUUCCUCAUCAUUAUUUUCUACGGAUUGUAAUUCGACUCAUUGAUAAUCAUUGUGUAUGUUAUUUGAAAAUAUGUCGAGGAAACUACUUCAGUAACACCAAAAUGGAAUUGGGAACUUUUCUCCCGGGAAGCAAUAAAUAUUUCAGAUUUGCCCA